UUCACUUUCAUUUUGCUUUACAUGAAAGGUGAUAGACUCAAGCUGUAGACCUGUACUGCUCUGUGACCCUGGCUCAACGCACAACCUGCUUGUCUGAAAGUGUCAACGAUUUCAAGAGGAAGAGAGACAUGUCUUAUGAUGAUGGACCGAGUAUGUUCCAAGACCAGCUGGCGGAGAAGGUCCGGCCCUUCAUAGACUUAGUAGACUACAUGAGAUCCAUAGGGAUAGAUAAGGAGCUGCCACUGCCAACCAUUGCUGUGGUGGGAGACCAGAGUUCAGGAAAGAGCUCUGUGCUUGAGACCCUUUCUGGGGUGGCGCUGCCCAGAGGGACUGGUAUUGUCACCAGGUGCCCACUGCUACUUAAACUCUGUAACGACAGGACAGUGAAAUGGGAGGCUGUCAUCUCAUACGGAGGGAAAGUCUUUGAGUUUGACGAACCUUCAGAAGUUGUUAGACAUGUUGAACAAGCUCAGAACGCGUUAGCUGGAAAGGGAGUGGGGAUAUGUGAAGACCUGAUCACUCUAAAGAUCACAUCCUCCACGGUGUGUGACCUCAGUCUGAUUGACUUACCAGGGAUCACCAGGGUGGCUGUGAAAGGACAACCUGAAGACAUUGGAGUCCAAAUCAAUAAUCUCAUUACGAAAUUCAUAAAGAAUAAGAGAACCAUUAUUUUGGUGGUGGUACCAUGUAAUGUUGACAUAGCAACAACAGAGGCCCUGAAAAUGGCACAAGAAAUGGAUCCUGAUGGCACAAGAACUCUCGCCAUUCUGACAAAGCCAGACCUGAUAGACCCGGGAGCAGAGAAGAAUGUGUUGGAAAUUGUCCACAAUAGAGUCAUCUUUCUCAGUAUGGGCUAUGUCAUUGUGAAAUGUCGUGGUCAAAAGCAAAUUGAUGAAAACAUGUCAAUAACCUGUGCGAUUGAGGAGGAGUUGGAAUUCUUCCGAAAUCACGAGCACUUCAGAUCCCUCGUGCGUGAGGAGAAGGCAACCACCAAGUGCCUAGCCACCAAGCUCAGCAAUGCACUGUUCAAACAGAUCAAGACUUAUCUGCCCCAGAUGUCAGAGAAGAUAAAGGAGCAGCUGGGGGAGGUAAAGCAUUCGUUGAGUAAAUUAGAGGGCGGGCCUCCCCUUGAACCUGAAGAGAAGAGGAAGUACCUCAUUCAGGUCAUAACAGAUUUCAAUGAGCAGAUUACCCAACUGUCCAAAGGGGAUAUUAUCGUUGAGGAGAAUCUGUUUGUUCUCAUGCGAAAGGAAUUUACACAGUGGAUGAAAUGUUUGGAAAAUGACAAAUCAAACUACCACAGAGUAGUGCAACAAGUGGUGGAUGAAUAUGAUCAGGAGCACAGGGGAAGUGAGCUGCCAGGAUUCAGUAACUACAGGGUAUUUCAACAUGUUGUUCAGAAACUAGUGGCUAAACUUAAGAUACCAGCCAUGACGACACUACAGAAAAUCAGAGACAUGGUGCAGAAGCAAUUUGAUCAUUUGUCCAGAGAGAGCUUUAAGAAUUAUCCUUAUCUUCAUCUGGUCUCAAAGAAAAACAUUGAAACAAUCCAGGAAAAGCAGUCAAACAUAGUGAAGGAGAGGAUCAUGGAGCAGUUUGAGAUGGAGAUACAGGUCUACACACAGGAUGAAAUCUUCAACAAAGUUAUGCUCGAGACGGGAACACAUAUUCUAGAGGAGGGGGAAAUAGCAGAAGACAAAGAGCAAGACACCAGGAGCAAGUACCCUGGGCUGCUCAAGGCAUACUAUGAGAUUGUGGUGCAAAGACUGGCUGACCAGGUACCCAUGAUGAUCUGUUACUUCAUCCUGAAGCAGUCAGCCAAGAUUGUGUGCAGUGAAAUGCUGGAUCUGCUACACAGAGAUGACACUGAUAACAUCCUACAGGAGGAUUCAGAGAUCGGACAGUAUCGUGCAAAGUUGCAGGCCCAAGCGGAUCGCCUUCUACUGGCCAAUGACAAAAUCAGCAGCCUCUGAGUAGAUGAUGUCUUGUCAGUUACAAUAUUCAGAGAUCUUGAAAAUGAAACCGAUUUAUAGAAGUAUAAGCAGAUUGUUGCAAAGGUCACUUUCGGCCAAAUGCUAUUUAUUUAAAUGAGAUAUAUUUAGUAUAUUUUUAUUCAACAAAUGUAUAAGAUUGGCUAAGAUCAGUGAGAUGCUGUAGAGACGACCCCAGUGAAAUCCUACAGGAGAAACCAGAGGUCGGCCGGAAACGUAAAAGGUUGUGGGACCAAGCGGUUCGUCUUUGACUGGCCAAUGACAAGCGGAUCACCUUGGACUGGCCAAUGACAAGCGGAUCACCUUGGACUGGCCAAUGACAAGCGGAUCACCUUGGACUGGCCAAUGACAAGCGGAUCACCUUGGACUGGCCAAUGACAAGCGGAUCACCUUGGACUGGCCAAUGACAAGCGGAUCACCUUGGACUGGCCAAUGACAAGCGGAUCACCUUGGACUGGCCAAUGACAAGCGGAUCACCUUGGACUGGCCAAUGACAAGCGGAUCACCUUGGACUGGCCAAUGACAAGCGGAUCACCUUGGACUGGCCAAUGACAAGCGGAUCACCUUGGACUGGCCAAUGACAAGCGGAUCACCUUGGACUGGCCAAUGACAAGCGGAUCACCUUGGACUGGCCAAUGACAAGAUUAGUAGACUGUGGUUGACAAUUUGUCAUUGCAGAAAUUCUGAGAUGUAGCCAACAAAGCCUGCAAUAAUUAUACCUGCAUUUUAUCAGCAUACAGGACAUUUUAUAUGUUGGGCAUCUCUACAUUUGAUCAAAAAUGUGUUUAAAAGAAAAUGAUGUGACAGUUGUAUCAUCACAUAUCUGCAUUGUGUUUUAUGUUUUCAUCUCAAAAUGUACUGAGGAAAUAUGUGAAGAUGGUUGAUAACAUUAUAUAAAGUGACAAAUUAAAUCAA